AUGACAGAUACCUCCUCAGUCGCCAUCACGCAUUCGACCACGGAGCAGUAUCCGGUCACCGUCCCUCUGAACUCGCCCGCCCUCAACGGCGCCGUUUCCGACUCCAUCGCUCCCGACGAGGAGGAACCGUACACCAUCAAAUGCAUCUGCGCGUUUGAAGAUGAUGAUGGCAACACGGUUUUCUGUGAAGGGUGCGAGACGUGGCAGCAUAUCGAAUGCUACUACCACGCUCGGGGUGUGCCAGAUGUCCACAACUGCGUGGACUGCGAGCCUCGCUCUCUGGAUGGCCGGCGCGCCACCGAGCGGCAACGGCGCCUCAGGGAACAGGGCGAUGGCGGUGACCGGAAGACCAAACGGUCGGGUGCGAAAACCCACAAGAAGAAGACCAGGGAGCAUGGUGAGCAGGUGAAUGGCUUUCAUAACCGUACCGAGCCGGGCGCUCGCGACCAGCCGCCGGCUAAAAAAGCCAAAACCAACCACCAUCGCUCGUCUGGUUCUAUCAGCUCUAUCUCUGGGGCUCCUGCUCUUCCACCAGAUGUCCGAAAACGUGCUGCGACUUCUAUGAGCCCCACAAAAUCCCUGGGACCAUCUAUCCCCUUGUAUUCGAAUGAGUUUAUGAACCUUUACGAGCGUGACCAAGGCCAUGCCGACAUGGAUAGUAAUCUUUUUGUCAACUUGCCCCUGGCGGCAGACCUGGCAUCAUGGGUGACAGAACCAAGUGCGCUUGCGCGCGUUACCAACGGGCGGUCUGCUCAAGACAUCUUUACCUGGACAGACACAGAACUCGAUCGAUCCAACUGGCCCGUUCUGUCAACCGAGUCGAUCACCGAUUCCACGAUCGAUGUGGAUGGCAAACAUCCAACCUGGAAGAUCCUCACAACUCGCGAUACGGUAGCCAAAGAUGAGAUCGUGGGUGAAAUCACAGGCAAGAUUGGGCUCUUGAGGGACUACUGUUUGGAUCCCAUCAAUCGAUGGCAGGAACUGCGCCAUCCAGAGCCUUUUGUCUUCUUCCAUCCCCAACUCCCACUCUACGUUGACAGCCGGCAUGAGGGCAGCAUGCUCCGCUACGUACGACGCUCAUGUCGCCCUAAUGUCACCAUGAAGACCUACAUCACAAACGAAGUUGAGUAUCAUUUUUGCUUCGUCGCCAAAGAGGACAUUCCAGCCAACUCGGAAAUCACCGCCAUGUGGUACUUGGAUCCCCAGCUUUUCGAGUCAACCAACGGUCUCGUCAAGCAGGAGUCUAGUGACAACAACACCCAGGAUGCAGCUGCCAUCUGCAUUAGCAAUGUGCUCGCCCAUUUUGGUGGCUGCGCUUGCGACCCACCGCCCACGUGUCUCCUAUCCAGUGUGGAUCGGCGGCGGCACCCUAAAUCAUUCGAUCCGGGGAUGAAGCAAGCCAAUGGCAAGCGUAAAAAGACCAAGAGCAGGCCAAACAUCACCCCGCCGUCCACCAACAGCCGCGCUGGUAGUGAGGUUAACAAGAACCCGGAUGACGAUGACCAGGCUGACAGUCGGUCCGCGUCUGGCUCCGCGCGGGGGCAGACUCGCAGUCGUGACCUCACUCCCACACUGGCCAAUGAACAUUCUGGCUUUGGUGAAUCCGAGCUUUCGGCCCGGGAAAAACGCAAAAUCGCCGCGGCAGAGAAAAAGUUCCAGCAGCUGGAACUGGAUCAACAUGCAUCAACCCAUCGAAAGAAGAAGCGUCCCAGUGGCCAGGCAACAACGCCCACUGUUGGGAGCUCUGCGCAAGCAGGGUAUUUCACCCACCAGGCCACGUCAAUAAAGCCACUUCAUCUGGAUACUGGAUCUGGGAAUCCGUCUCGCUCGCCUCCAUCCGCAAUCUCCCCGGGCCCGCCUCGUCAUGGGUCGCCCAGGAAAGUAUCUGGCUCCAGUACUCCUCCGGUGCGCUCUCCAUUAGGACGCGCCCGAUAUGUUGAUUCAGCCAUCCAAACCGAACCUGAUGCGGAUGACGCUCCCCCCACAUCUCCACUCCCGUCUCCUCGUCGGCCUAGCUUUGUACCACUCACACAACGUCUACUGAAGCGAUGUCAUGCCGAUCGGUUGAAGUUCGAAGAGAAGGUGUCCGUUUCGACACCGUUUAAAUCAGAUAGUGUGGCCAUGCUGAGCUCCCCCACAUCUAGUACACGACGAAUUCGACAUCCCACCCCUCCAAGCAGCUCGAUCGACAAGGGUGAUGUGGAAAUGAAGGACCUUGAUUCACCCACGCCAAAUGUCUCCGUGCGCCAACCACAGCGCGAGAUGGACUUACGUGAUGAUACUUCUACGAAUCCGGAUUUGGAUGCAGGGUCACCUCGAUCGGUGCGAGAUUCAUCCAGACCUCUUCUACCUCCACCAUGGCCAUCCACAGCAGCCCAUAAUGCGCGACUUCCUCUGAACGGUCAUGGUAUCAACCUUCUCGCCCCACCCACUCCUACCAACAAAUUUGCACCUCUUGCUGCUGUCAGCCCUGGAUCAGGCACUGCAUCGAGUAUGUCACCUCCGUCGACCGUGGAUCAUUCCUCGCAGCUCAGUGUACCAGCUCCUGGGUCAGGUAUCACCGCCCCUAGUCCGGUCAAGAAGAAACUCAGUCUGGGCGAUUAUCUCAUCCGCAGAGGCUCUAAGGCGACACCCACAUCGGAGAAACCACAAGCGCAGGCCACAGCGAUGCUUCCUCCGCCAAAGUCGCCCUCAGCACAAUCCCCGGCUAAUGGUGAAUCAGCAGCCGUCGACAGCUCACGCACACCUACCAAACCCUCCGGGGACGCUGAACCUAGCAAGCCCGAAAGUCCGAGCUCGCCGGAUGUCGCGAUGAAGGAUGUCCCUGAAUCGACGCAUUCUUCUCACAUCUCGCGUUCUAGCCGUGACUUCGUGUAUCUUGUGAUUUACGACGAAAUGGCGUACCAGGCGUGGAUUGGGAAGGGUUUCAAGGAAAAUACUCUGGGGCUGGAUUUGGGCUGGGUUCAGGUGGACCAGAAACAUGUCGCUCAAGGACAGGAUCUACUUGAUGAUAUGUCCUUAGUAUCUGUGAUUUUCAUUUCAUUCUCUUCUUCUGACGAUGCUCCCUAUGUAGUUGAUCGAUCUAUCACUAUUUCCUUGAUUGAGAUUGAACAAGCAUCUCUGCCUCCUACCGAUCGAGGCAGAGAUGCCUGGUUGAUGCUGGCGUCAUGCUGUCUAAUCCAGCUCCCUGUCUGGGUCACUUUCACACUUCUCACCCGCUAUCCACAUCUGCUUCGAUACUGCGUUCCAGUCGGCCUCGUCUUGACUGUCGCUGGAUCUGUGCUUUCGUCCUUUUCUGUCUGUGUCUGGCACUUGAUAGCGACACAGGGGGUGCUGUGUGCCAUUGGGAAUGGGCUGCUCUUCAGCCCAACCACUUUAUAUCUCGACCAGUGGUUCGUGCAGAAGAAAGGUCUUGCGUAUGGCAUUAUGUGGGCUGCUAAGAGCAUCUCGGGUGUUGCUCUUCCUUUUAUUGCCAGUGCUUGUCUUGAGCGGUUUGGGUCUAGGACUACAUUGAGGGCGUGGGCUGUGACAACGGUGGACAAGCUCGUCACCACCCUCCUCGCACUACCCUUUGUCAAACCCCGUAUCCCACCAGCUUCAUCCACCUCAGCACGUCGCCUGGACCUCAGUUUCCUGAAACUCGCCACCUUCUGGAUGCUCCAGCUGGGCAACAUCAUCCAGAGCUUCGGAUACUUCCUCCCAACAACCUACCUCCCCUCCUACACCACAACCGCCAUGGGUCUGUCCCAAACAACAGGCACCCUCCUGGUAGCUCUCUUCAACGCAACCUCCGUCUUCGGCGGCAUCAUCCUCGGUUCCCUCUGCGAUCGCUUCGCCGUCACAAAUAUCAUGCUCUUAUCCUCCAUUGGCUCCGCCGUUCCCGUCUUCCUGUUCUGGGGUCUAUCAUCCUCGUCCUCGUCGUCAUCUUCUGCAAUCGCCCUCCUUGUCCUCUUCUCAACCACGUAUGGUUUCUUCGCUGGUGGCUUCAGCUCUACCUGGUCCGGCGUCUUGACGCAGAUUAAACGUGACUCGCCAUCGUUGGAAACCGGGCUGGUUUUUGGACUUUUGGCUGGGGGGAGGGGAAUUGGGAAUGUUAUCAGUGGACCGUUGAGUACGGCGUUGAUUCAGUAUGGGGGACUAGGGGGUGGGAAUGGGAAUGGGAAUGGCUAUGAGACGGAAUAUGGGACAUUGAUUCUGUUUACGGGCAUUACGGCUUUUCUGGGGGCGUGGAGUUGGUUGUGGAGGUAUUUGGCUUUGAUCCGGGUUUGA